CUUAAAUUUUCCCAUCUACACGUACUAGAAAUAAAAAAAGCCUGUAACAAUGUUUGAUUGCAAAGAUCUUUUUCUAGAUCGAGCGAGAUUAGUCAUGAGAUUCAUGGGCGUGUGGCUGCCGCCCAUAAAAGAGUCUAUUAUAAGCAAAGCUUAUAGAUAUUUCAUGGUUGUUUUCCAGUACCUAUUCCUCAUCUUUCAAGUGAUCUACAUCGUCCAGGUGUGGGGCGACUUGGAGGCAGUUUCUCAAGCUUGUUAUCUGCUGUUCACACAAGCUUGUCUUUGCUUCAAAAUUACUGUUUAUCUCAUAAACGAUGGGAUGCUCAGGGAUCUGCUGCAACAGAUGAACUCUGAUGUUUUUCAACCCCAAUCCCCGGAACAUAAGAGGAUUUUAAAUUUGCGAGCUACAAGUAUCAAGAGGCUGCUGUUCGUCUUCAUGAUCAGCUCGCAGCUCACGUGCGGCUUGUGGGCUUUGAAACCGAUGUUCGACGACGCCGGCAAGAAUUUUCCUUUUAAUAUGUGGAUGCCCGUGUCUCCCAAGUCGUCCCCGCAAUACGAGAUCGGUUAUGCUUUCCAAUUUAUAACGAUCUGCAUCAGUGCAUACAUGUAUUUCGGCGUGGACAGUGUCACGUUAAACACAAUCAUCUUUGGCUGCGCGCAGAUUGAAAUCGUCAAAGAUAAAAUAAUGCACGUGGAGUCUUUACACCACAAAAUGGAACCAGAGGAACGUACAGAAGUAAUGUCGAGAAACCGUAAAAUUCUGGUCGAAUGCGUUAAUCAUCACCAGGCUAUCGUAACAUUCACCCAAAAAGUCGAAGACGCGUACCAUACCAACUUACUAUUUCAACUGACGGGAAGCGUUGGGAUAUUCUGCAUGUCCGCUUUGCGUUUGCUGGUGGUUAGCUGGAAGAGUAUGCAGUUCGCCUCCAUGAUCAGCUACCUUUUUGUGAUGUGCACACAGCUGUUCGUAUUUUGCUGGUGCGGGAAUGAGCUCACCUGUCAGAGUGAAGACCUCCACACGGUCAUGUACAAGUGCAUGUGGUAUGAGCAGGACGUGCGUUUCAAAAGGGACCUUUGCUUCGCCAUGAUGCGCAUGAGUCGACCCAUGCUCCUUCGGGCCGGACACUACAUCACGCUGUCGUUUCAAACUUAUAUCGCUGUACUUCGGAUGUCCUACUCAUAUUUUGCAGUUUUGAAUCAAGCUCCAAUUAAAGUAGCCUCAAGAUCUACACUUACUUCGAUAACAAUGUUAUCGAAUAACGUAGAUCUUUUCUUAAAACCACACAUGCAAUUCCUUAAAUACCUAGGACUAGACAUAGGGAUGACUACAAAACCGAACAAACUUUACGAUUUAUACCAAAUUUUCGCAUUGUGUCUUCAAUACAGCAUACCCAUUUUUAUUCUGGUAUACUUGGGGAUAGUUUGGGGCGACCUGGAUGCCAUGUCAAUGGGGUUAUAUGUGCUGUUCACGCAAGCUUCGACUUGUCUGAAGAUGACGGCAUUAGUUGUCAAGAGGAAGUCCGUUGUGGAAUUGUUGAAGAUGAUGAACAACCAUGAGUUUGUUGCACAAACUGAUGAUCAGCAUAAGAUCCUCUCGGUUCAAUAUCGUAAAAUGCGGCGAUUAUAUUUAUUUCUUCUAACAGUGGUGACCUUCAACUGUCUAGAAUGGGCUGUGAUUCCGUUACUGAAUAGCCAGGGGCCUAGAGCGUAUCCUUUUGUCAUGUGGAUGCCAGGCAACAUAGACAAGUCACCAGACUAUGAAUUGGGAUAUUUGUAUCAACUGGGAUUCGCGUUCAUGGGUGCGUACUCCUUCAUGACCACCGACGCUCUCUCCAUUACGAUGAUCAGCUUCGCCUGCGCCCAGCUUGAUAUUAUUAAGGACAAAAUACAAAAGAUACAAAGUAUAGGUAGCCUAAGUGUAUCUCAACAAGCCCAUAAGGAUAUCUGCAAAGAAAACAACACGACAUUGAUUCAGUGUCUCGCCCAACAUCAAGCUAUUAUUAAAUUCAUCUUAUAUUUGGAGAACUUUUUUAACGUGACAAUAUUUUUUCAAAUGUCCGGUUCGGCCGCUAUAGUCUGUAUAAUAGCCUUCAGAAUCAGUGUUGAACCACCAAACACCUUCCAGUUCUACUCGUCUGUCAACUAUAUGCUGAGUAUGCUAGCGCAAUUAUACUUCUACUGCUGGAGCGGAAACGAGUUGACCACUAGGAGCCAAGAAUUACGCGACGAACUGUACCAAUGCCCGUGGUAUGAGCAGGACAGACUAUUUCGAAGACGGUUCAGCUUCGCCAUGGAGUGCAUGAAAAAACCCAUCGUUUUGAAAGCAGGUCAUUUUAUUACACUAUCUCGACCUACUUUUGUCGCGAUUCUACGAUGUUCAUAUUCAUACUUUGCUGUGUUGAAUCAAGCCAAUAGUCAAUAAUUAAAAUAAAUGAAGUCGUUAUUAUGAAAGUUACAUGUACGUACAGUCGACCAUAAGUGAAGAGCGAGCCUGCAUGGAUCUUAAAGAGGCAAGCUUGCAAUGAUUUAUGGUAGCUUUUUGUGUUGUUUUACACGGUGGUCUGUACAUUUAUGUACAUCUAAAUUAAUUAAAAGGUAUCUACAGUAUGACGUUUUUACAGGGUAGACAGAGCCAAGGGACUACUUAUAAACCAAUUCCACACCAAGGUACCCACCAAUGGCAAAAAAAAGUAGUUUGUUAAAAAUUCCCAAAUGUUGUUUUCUACUCUAUAUAGGAAGACUGUAUUUAGCUACAAAUAAAACACGAAAUUGACAAAUUAAUUGUUUAUUUAUAAACCGUGUAUCACAUAUAUAUAUAUGCGUAGUGUACUUUUACGACAUUUUAGGCAAGAGUGCACUUAGUUCAUGAUAGUUAUGAAAAAUACAUUAUUUUGAAUGCUCAACGGUAUUAACUUACAUUUUAGUCAAGUUGGUAAAUUCGUGCGCUUAAAUUAAAAUAGCUAACUUUAAUUACAACCAUUCUAGAAUUAUAUUUUUAUACUUUUGAGUGAGGUGUACGUAAUUUGUGAAAAUAAAUCAAAGAUGAAUUGAUUGAAAGUUAAGCUUUUUAAAACUUUAAUAUUAUAUGUAAAAUUAUGUGUGGCUUAAAACAUUUUGUAACAUUAAAGGGAAGACUUGUGAUACCACAUUAAAAUUAUAUUCUAUUUGUAAAAAUUACGUACAUUUCCUGAAAAGUAUAAAUAUAUAUCUAUAGCAAUUAGCAAACGCAAACAAAAUUUAAUCAUAUUUUUUUAUAUCGUUAAUAAAGAAAAUUGUAAUAAUUAUCCUCAUCAGUCAUAUAAAGUUAUUUUGAUAUAGUAUUUUAAAGUCGUACGCUGCGUAACACGUAAUCGUCGCGCUUAUUCAACAUGUCUCAGUCACACACCUUACGUGCGCAAGAGAUGGGUGAAUAAAACGGGAGCGAACAAGCUAAAUGCGCGCUACGGUUGCAAAAAGAAUUUAAUGCCAUCUCUUUUUAUCGCUAUAAUGCCAAUAAGAGAUGUUUGUUCAGUUGCUCAGUGUAGUCGUAGUGUCACUCAGCGGACGGCCUCAGAAUUCUAGUACUUUAUUCAGCACAAUAAAUUAUUAAUUAACAUUAAUCA